AGGGCCACUAAAUAGUUAGAAGCGGCUCUCCAGACUCCUGUCAUAUUCUCAUCAUAUACACGCCGACAUGAUUUCGUCAUCUAAACGCCACACGUGGAGUCAUAGAGAGGUGUUUCUUAAAACCAAGUGGGCGAGAGCCUAUACCGCCUCCCUAGAUACUCCUAAUUAAUGGUCGUCUAGAGAUCGAAUAUAUUCUAAAAAUCGUCAAGCUACGUGAGGACAGUUAGACACACUACCUACCUACCUAGGCUUUCCGUUUGUUUGGAAUUUCACCAGAAUACAUUAUGCACAGAAACUUGCUCUUCCUCGCGGCCCUCGGGACCAUGUCGUCGACGGGUCUUGCUGCUGCUGCGGAGCCGGUGGUUGACAUUAAUCACAUCGUCAUCCGGCAGGACACUACGAUUACCAUUACUGAUAACCCUACUGGUGGCUCAUCAACCGACUCUUCAUCUACUUCGUCUACCGAUUCCUCUGCUUCGUCGUCAACCGACUCGGCUUCAUCAUCCUCAAUGUCCUCAAUGUCCUCAAUGUCUUCGAUGUCUUCGAUGUCUUCAUCAGACAUGAUGUCAUCAUCAAACUCCAUGUCAUCAGACAUGGGCGCCUCUUCUUCGACUGGCAUGGGCAUCAUUACGUCUAGCGAUUCCUCUGGCAGCAGCUCUAACCCCAGCUCUACAUCCAACAGCGAUAGCUCAUCGAUGUCCGGUGGCAGUUCAGGGGGUUCAGGAGGCCCGGGAGGCUCGUCCGGAUCCGCCGGGGCAGGACCGAGGAUCACAGCGGCACCCGCGGUGGCUUUUGCCGUUGGGUUAGCUGCUGUGGUUAUGGUCUAGUUCAGAGCAGGGGAACAGGUGAUAUAACUAAGCAUCCUCUGUGAGUGGGCGAGCUUUUGUUCGUGGCUCACUACUUAAUGAGUGUAUAUGAGGUCUUGGGACGGCAAAAUAGAAUAGGGGCAACUUUGCUAUAAUCCCUAGGCGUAUUUUCAAUAUGAAAUC